CUCAGCAGCCGGGAGAGCAGCGGUGGCGGCGGCGCGCAAGUCUCCGGGCCAGAGGGGAGCCAGCAGGGCGCGGCAGCACCAAGGGAGACCUUGGAGGUGCUGGAAGGCAUGGACUGUGAGCACACAGCAGUUCCACAAGUCACCAUUCAUGGCAGGAGUCCAGCUGUGCCUUAACCUGGCAAAGGAAAAGGGUAGGAUCGGACAGAUCGGGGAUUGCCCAUGAGUGGAGGGCCUUGGAGACCAGAGCCCAGUCAUCAGCAAACAGGGUGAGGACAGCAUUAUGGUGGACAGUCCUGCAGAAUGCGGCCAGGGCAGGGCAGAGUUUGGCAGAGUCUUUGCUGGUUUUGUGCCCACAGAGCUGGCAGCAGUGGCAAAAAUCAGCAAGCUUGCGCCUGUACUGAGAGACCGCAGGCCCAUGGCAGCUGCUGGUGCCACCACUCUGAUCUGUGGGGACUGUGGCAAGAGCUUUGCCAGGAAGUCAGACUUCAAAGUGCACCAGCGGAUCCAUACGGGUGAGAGGCCCUACAAGUGCUCCUACUGCAGCAAGGGCUUCUACCAGGCCUCCAUGGUGCGGCGGCACGAGCGCACACACACUGGCGAGAAGCCCUACCGCUGUUCUGUGUGCGAUAAGUCCUUCGCCCGCUCCACCUCGUUACUGAUCCACCAGAACACUCAUACCGGCGACCGGCCAUAUGAGUGUCCCUUCUGCGAGAAGACUUUCUCUGACCCCUCCACCCUGCUCCAGCAUCGCAAGAUGCACAUGGGCCUCAAGCCCUUCCAUUGUGGCAUCUGCAACAAGUCCUUCAGCCAGUCAUCCAGCUUCACCUUCCACCGGGCUACUCACACCAAUGACCGCCCCUUUGUCUGCUUCGAGUGUGGGAAGGCCUUCAUCCGCUCCACUGCCCUGCUCAAGCACCGGCAGACCCACAUCCAGAAGGCGUUUCGCUGUGGGGAGUGCGGCAAGGUUUUCCCCAAGCUCUCGGGCCUCCGCUCCCACCAGCGGAUGCAUGCCCAAGGCCACCGGAUAGAGAUGGAGUUGAGGGAGAAGGAGCGGAGCUGCUGGGAUGUUCCCACGCUGAGGUUCCAAGCCCAUGACCCUCUGCCCCAGGACUGUCCCCUCCCCAGAUUGGCUGUGCAGCCAGAAUCCAAGCUGAAUCCUUCUCUGUCCUGCUGCAGUUACCUCACUUUCUCAGCCUAUGACCUCAUCCAGUCUGAUAAGCUAACUGAGUCAUGCUGGGCCAGAACUUCAAUAGGAGACCUCCAGGGAAAGAACAGGAUCCUGAAAGCAGAUAUUCAGAAGCAGAAGUGGAAAAUGGCAAGCAUAGAAUGCUCUGAGAGACUGGACCAGGAAUACCCCAGCAGCAGUUUGGCUCAGGAAUCCUAUGGGGACAGAAAGAGGACUAUGAACACAUGGUGUGAAAAUGAUGAAGGCGAUGAGGAGGAAGCUGAGGAAAGCGACAUUGAUCAUUUUGGGAACGGCAUGCAGAGGGUCCAAGAUCCGGUGUCCAGCAGCUCCAUGCCGAAGGACAGCAUGGCAGAGGACCUUCUGUGUGAGGAAGACAAGAUCUUUUAUGAGACCUUUACCCUUAUCAAUGCCAACGGCGUGGCCAAGAAGUUGAACAUGAUGGUCAGUCUUCGCACCAAGAGUGAUGAGGGCAAUGAGGAAAGCAACAAGGAGACAUUGUGUCAGAAGUGGCAAAGCCGGCCAGUGAGGAAGCCUGCUGUUCUUUGGCGCAGCCCACAGGGCAUAAAGCACUUUGGCAGGAUGCUGCCAAGCUCAACCGAGUACGUGGACACUGUGGUUACCCUGGACAGCAAUUUGGAUGACCCAGCCAAGGACAGCCUGCUGUGCAAUGGCAUGGAAAGCAUCAACAGCUACAUGACCAGCAAAGUAGACGGUGGGGUGUUCCCAGGAAAUCCAAGUAUGGACUUCAGUAAGCCAGGGGGGAGCAAAGAGCUUCCCCUGAAAAGCAAAAGAGGGGUGAAGUGGCUGAACCCGAAAGCUGCCAACAAGCCAGCCAAGAUAGCGGGAAGUAUCGGGGCCCUGAAAGCAGCCACGGUGAGGAGGAUCACGAUUGGGACACAGCAGGUGGGCAGCAGCGAGGUGGAGGAGCGGCCUUACAAAUGCAUGCAGUGUGGACGGGCCUUUAAGAAAUCCAGCAACCUCCUAAGCCACAUUGACACGCACAGUGGGGCCAAGCCGUAUGCCUGUGAGCUAUGCAGCAAGGCCUACUCGCACCAGGGCACCUUGCAGCAGCACAAGCGGUUGCACACAGGCGAGCGCCCCUACAAGUGCCCGUUCUGCAUCAAGGCCUACACCUGGUCCUCAGACUACCGCAAACACAUCCGCACGCACACCGGCGAGAAGCCCUACAAGUGCCUGGACUGCGAGAAGGCCUUUGUGCGCUCCUCGGACCUGCGCAAGCAUCAGCGCAACAUGCACAGCAAUGACAAGCCUUUCCCCUGCCAGGAGUGCGGCAAGACCUUCAACAAGCCACUGUCACUACUGCGCCACCAACGCACCCACCUAGGUGAGAAGCCUUUCCACUGUCCUGACUGCGACAAGGAGUUUGCCGUGGCCAGCCGCAUGGUGGAGCACCAGCGCAUCCACACGGGCGAGCGUCCCUUCUCCUGUGCCAUCUGCGGCAAGUCUUUCACCAAGUCUUCCAACCUCUUCGAGCACCAGACGCUGCACACUGGUGAGCGCCCCUUCAAGUGCUCUGAAUGUGGCAUGGCCUUCGCCCAGUCCUCACGCCUCAUCCGCCACCAGCGCAUCCACACCGGCGAGCGGCCCUUCGCCUGUGCUGAGUGCGGGCAGGCCUUUGCCCGCUCCUCCACCCUCAAGAGGCACCAGCAGAUCCAUAGUGGGGAGAAGGCCUACCUGUGCUCAGACUGCGGCAAGGCCUUCCGCCAUGCCUCGCAGCUUACCCAGCACAUGCGGGUGCAUACGGGGGAACGGCCCUACCAGUGCGCCCAGUGUGGCAAGGCCUUUACUCAGUCCACCCACCUCAUCCGCCACCAGGCCAAGCAUGGUGCCAGCAAUCGGGAGCCGUUCUCCGCUUCUGAUGAGUGAGUCCCUCCCUGGUGGGACAGCUGGACACCAGGCACUCAACACACCUGUCUUCUGAGGGGCCAAAUACAACAGAUCCGGGCUUCAUCAGGUAGAGCAAAUACAAGAGAGGGUUUGUAUGCAAUAUGGAGCAGGCACCACUCUCUGACCAAGUUGCUUGUUGACUAGAGGAGGAGAUCUGCAAGUGCUUUUCUUCAUAAAUGCAUACGAAAAGACCCAACCAGAGCCCACCUGUGACAGGGGAUGCAGAUGAGGAGAGAGAUUAUGAAGAAUACACCCACUUUGUCAUCUGUCCAGGCACAAGUUCAGCUGUUUACCAAGGUCUUCCUGCUGGACAAAAGUUCAAGAGCACAUUGCAAACUGACUUACACUCCAUAGCUGUUGCUCCUUCAUGGGCCCUCAUGCCAAUUCCUGUUGCCCCUUCAAGUGUAGUUUUACUCUGAAAAGGGACUAGGUAAGAAAAUGGAAGAUCUGCUCCCAGUACAUGUGUUCAGAGUUGCAUCUGACACAACACUGCUUUUUACUCCUGUUUGCCCUGCAGAGCCAAGUCAGCUAACAGAACUGAAGUCUAUUGCUGCUUGUGUGUCCUUAACAGAAUGGUUAAUGAGGAGCUGGUCUACAUGUAGAAAUCAUACUAGUUUCACUAAAUAGAUUUAAAAAUA